AUUAAUAUGACAACUGACAAGCAGAGCCAAGGAUUAAUAGGAGGAGAAAACAGUACAGAAAGGGAGAGCGAGCCACUGAGUCUUGGAAAUACACUGUAUCUAUUUACUGACAGAAAGAUUCUCUUCUCUGACAGUACAUCAGUCCUCAGAGCAGCACUAUCUGUCGUGCAGCUUAACGCUGGGUGGCUAUGGCGCUGGCUGCUGCCUUUCUGUCUGAAGACCAGUUCACCUGCUCCAUCUGUCUGGAGGUGUUCAACAACCCAGUCUCAACACCAUGUGGCCACAGCUUCUGUCAGGCCUGCAUCUCCUCCUACUGGGAUGGAAGAAGAGGAGGAGGAGGAGGAGGAGGAGGAGGGGGUGUCAAGAUCUACCAGUGUCCCCUCUGUAAGGAGUCCUUCCGCAAGCGACCAGAGCUCCAUAUCAACCGCACUCUGAAGGAAAUCACGGAACAGUUCAAGUGGAUGGCCAGCGCUGGAAUUCCAAUGGAUGGCAGAGGUGGAGGAGGAGUGGAGGAGCCCAACUCGCAUCCUCAGCAUCAUCACUCCACCCUGUCUCUGCCCCACAGGCCGGGUGAGAUGCCUGAGAGCGUCUUCGCUGAGAUGAUGACUCGUUUUCAGCGGCUGCCGACUCCCGGGGUGCCUCACCCCACCCUCCCCCAUCCCAGUGAUCUUCCCCCACAAAGCCCCAGUCCAGUCAAUGCUCAGCUGUCCUUCCAGGCUCAGAGCACUGAGCACAAUGACCUGCCUCCACCCUACUCACCUCCCCGCAGGUACACCCUGAGUGGUCCCAGUGACUCUUCCCUCAGUCUGCCUCUGUGUCCCGUCCACCUGAGAGGUCUGGAGUUCUUCUGUCGCACUGACAACACCUGCAUCUGCAGCGUCUGUGUGGAGGCAGCAGACCACCGAGGACACAACGUCAUCCCUGCCAAGAGAGAGUGGCACAUCAAAAAGUCCCAGUUAGGUAUUUCAGAGGUGGAGCUGAAGGAUCUCAUCUGUGAGAAAGAGAAGAAAGUGGAGGAAAUACACAACUCCCUGCGAGAGAUACAGGCUGCUGCUGAAAGAGAGACAGAUGGAGCUGUUUCUGUGUUUUCCAAGCUGAUCUCCAGUGUGGAGCGCUGCCAAGCUGAAGUCUUGGAGGUGAUUGAGAUGACUCUGCGGGCUGCCGAGCACAAAGCUCAGCGCCUGCUGAAAGAGAUGGAGGAAGAGAUAGCUGAGCUGAAAAAGAGGAGAACAGCACUGAACCAGCUGACUCUGUCUGAAGACUACAUACACUUUUUCAAGACGUUCCCCUCCCUGUCCACCCCUCCACAAACGAAGGACUGGUCCAGUGCGUCUGUGGUGUCUGAGCUCACCUCAGGUGUGAUUCUCAGGACUGUCAAUCAUUUGAUGGAGAAUUUUCAGGAAGAGAUGCGGAAACUGCCAGAAGUCUGCCAACGAUCCUCAUUGGACCAACCUGUAACCAGGCCCAACCCAAAGAUUCGGAGGGUUCAAGAAUAUGCAGCCGACAUCACUUUAGAUCCCACCACAGCCCACCCACGUCUCAUCGUCUCACCAGACGGGAGGAAAGUGCACUGUGGUGACCGCCAUCAGCUGCUACCAGACAACCCACAGCGCUUCGAUCGGGUGGUGUGUGUGCUGGCCCACCAAGGCUUCAGCUCAGGGCGCCAUUACUGGGAGGUGGAGGUGGGAGAAAAGACAGACUGGGACCUGGGAGUGGCAAGCUGGUCUGUCAAUCGGAAGGGCAAAAUCACCGUAAGCCCCGCCCAUGGCUACUGGUUCCUCAGCCUGCGGGAUCGGACUGACUACGCCUUCCGGACAGAACCCUCAACCAGCCUCACAGUAAACUGCAGACCGACCCGGAUUGGAAUCUAUGUGGACUGUGAUAAGGGGCUGGUGUCCUUCUACAACGUGGAGGCCAGGGUGCUCAUCUACACAUUCACAGAUACCUUUCCUGACACCAUCCAUCCGUUCUUCAGCCCCUGUACUAAUAAAUCAGGAAGGAAUGAGGCUCCGCUAAUCAUUUGCCCUGUUGCAAUGACAUAAUGAUAUAAGGCAGCAGUUUAAGGAGAUCUUCAUUAAUGAAGUCCACAUGCUUCAGUGUAUGUUGGACGAAGACUGAGAUGCAAAAACAUACCUCAAGAGCAGAUUUGAUCACAGCUUCAUUUCAUUCCUUCAUUGCAAUAGAGUAGAUAGAGAGCAGACCAUCUGGUACUUUAGGUUAGGGAGUCACUUGCGUGCACGUUUUAUGAGCCAAUAUCAAUAAUUUUUGACUCAAAUUUGCAGGAGCCAAUAUUUGUGUUCUUACAUUCAGAAUCAUCACGUUUGGCCCUAUUUAGUGCUGAAAAAAGUAUUUAGACACAGCUUUGUGACCCUCAUGGAGAACAGAGGCCAAAAACAGAAAAGUAUACUGGAAUCAGACAGUGACUUGCUCACUCAAUGCAUAUACCAAAAGAUAUUUUCAGGCUUCCUGAUGGCUGAUGUGAAAUGCAUGAACAGUAUUUACUAAUACGGCUCUUCAAAAGUCCAAUUGUAUUGUAUCUACUGGCUCAAAUUCUAAUAACACAGGGAGUCAUUUCAGGAUGUUUCUGUGUUUGUAGCCAACUGCACAUGUGAAUCUGUGACUCCCUCCUUAAAUAACAUGCAAUGUUUCACAAAUAUUGGAUCAUGGGUAAAGAAGUAUAAUACCAAGAGUAGUAAUUGGUCUUUCUUGCAGUUUGAGGUGUCCUGUCAACAGUUUUCCAGUGUGUCUUUUUUAAUGGCAGUCUUUGGGUAAAAUGCCUUUUGGACUGCAGGGGAGUUAUUGCUGCAGUACCGCACUCAGCCACUGGGGUAAACUCAUAUUGCUGUAUCCCUUUCUCUGAAUACAUCCAUGGUUUACAUGUAUGUCACUAGUGGAUAUUACCAUUGUGGUUUAUCAUGUAACAUUUAGCAUGUUAGUAUGCUGCAUAGCUGACUUUUCGUCUCUGUACCCUGUCUUUGAAGAAGCUCUGCAUGUGUCACCAAGAUGUCUUUUUAGAUUUUUUACACAAAGAGAUGCCAGGAUGCGGUCUGCUCUGAUCCAGUCUCAGUGUGUUGUUGGACAAUGAUAGAAAUUAGGGUGAAUUCUGUCAAAAUGAUGUAAUAUUUUUAACUAUUAUAAUAUUUUUAACUUGACAAUACUGCUAAAACUAUAGACUUACCUCCUGUCUGUUUUACGUUCCUUUGUUUGUGGUUUAACUUUAAUGCAAUGGUUUUUAGAUUUGAAACCUACCGAUCAGCAUGUUUACAGUUAACACACUGAAAGAUUUUCUUCCAGCUCACUGUCCACUGGGGAUCUAAAGAAUGUUUAACUGGCACAUUGAUACAGCCACAAGGCAACAUUAUCAUUAAUGUGGAGGUGUCUUUCUGGUCACCUGAUUAAUUUAAGUCCACUAUUGUUUCUUCUUUUAGCUGAUGUUUGGUCUCCAUCAAUUCCUGAGAAAAAUAUCUGGAGAAGAAAGUCAAACAUCAGGCAGCAUCUAAAGAGUCAGAUUAGCUGCUUUGAUUUUCUCACUUCAAUGAGAAAAAGAAUAAAACUUGUUCAGAC